ACUGACCAAUCAGAGUUGGAUCAUCUCCCUUCCUGUCCCUCAUUCUUCCUGCUUUGCAUUUCUCCGGACAGCUAGCUGCUGUGUAGCCACUUUAACCAAGCAUUUCUGUGGUUGAAUGCGUUUUAUGAUAAACGGCAAGUGAAAGAUAUCCAUUAUGGCUUCUCGAGCAGGUCCGAGAGCAGCCGGCACAGAUGGCAGUGAUUUCCAGCACCGGGAGCGGGUUGCUGCUCACUACCAGAUGAGUGUUGCCUUGAAGUCUGAAAUCCGUAAACUCAACAUCGUCCAUUUGCUGAUCUGGGUGCUCAUGGCAGCUCAGGUGACGGUGAGUCAGCUGAGCCUGGUGUCCCACAAGGUGGUGGCCUCUCCAUACCAGUGGGAGUACCCCUACCUCCUCAGCAUCAUCCCCACAGUCUUCAGCUUCUUGGCGCUGCCCCGCAACAACAUCAGCUACCUGGUCAUCUCUAUGAUCAGCGCCGGGCUCUUCUGCGUGGCGCCGCUCAUCUACGGCGGCAUGGAGAUGUUCCCUGUAGCUCAGCAGCUGUAUCGCCACGGCAAAGCCUACCGCUUCAUCUUCGGUUUCUCUGCUGUGUCAGUCAUGUACCUGGUAAUCGUCAUAUCUGUGCAAGUACACGGCUGGCAGAUCUACUACAGUAAGAAGCUACUGGACCAGUGGUUCACCAGCACACAGGACAAGAAGAAGAAAUGAAUGCAGCGCUUGGUUGUGGACUGUCGCCAGCAGACUUGCAGAGGCCUGUUUUUAUAAUUGAGUCUUUGUAUUGGCUUCAUUGUGUACAUAAAAUGUGAUUGGAAAUGCU